AUACAAAAAAGGUUAAACAAUUCAAGGACACAAAACAUUCAAUAUGGUUACAUCAACAAAGACAUUUACACACACAUAUUUACAUCACUCAGGUCAGCUGAUCUUCAGCUUUACAACAAACCAAAUGGACUUGCUCUGUAGGUCUUAAAACACGGGAAGUCAACUCACUUUAAAAUUGCAAAAGCUAAAAAGGGAAGUUGAUGUGUUACACAACAGUUCAGCUUAAUAAAUUGAACAAUUUUCACUUGAAAUCACCAGUCAAAGGAUCUUACUGCUGCUCUGUUUUUGAUGUGAGCUUGAUGGGUGAUGAGAUUCAUGGCAGCCCUGUCUACAAAGAUGUUGACAGACAACAUGUUACUGAGUGUCUUCUUUCUUACAGGUGCUUUGGCUGUUUGUCCUGAUUCAGACCUCUUCAUUACUGCACCGCUGGAGAUGGAAGCACUGAGUGGAUCUUGUUUGCAAAUCCCGUGUAACUUUGGUGCUGCACCGGGACAAACAUUUGAUGGCAGCAGAACAACCUUUGGAGUGUGGAUUAAAAAUGACCACAGAUUUAAAAGCUAUCCAAGAAAUGUGAUUUUCAACAGUAGUCAGACAGUUAACACCUAUCCAAUGAACAUUACUGGAAACCUGAGUCAGAAAAACUGCACCACUCUGUUUUCCAGUUUAAUCACAACAUAUACAGACAAAUACUACUUCAGAAUUGAGAACGGACCAUUCAGCGAAACAGCUUCUUGUAGUCCUGUUCAAAUAACAGUCAAAGAUUCUCCCCCGAGCCCCAGAAUUAAAAUCUCAGGUGAGCUGAAGGAGAAGGAGUCUGUCACUAUAACCUGCUCAGCUUUCACUCCCUGUCCACACUCCCCUCCUAAACUCACCUGGAAUCUCCAACAAGACGCUCACAACAAAAUAGAGGAAAACGCAGAUCGAACCUUUACGACUAAAAUCCAGACGACCAUCACUCUGUCUGACAAGCACGAUGGAUACAACAUCACCUGUUCUUCCAGCUACUCUGUGAAUGAAGGACAAAAUGCUAAGUCAGCAGAGGGAAAAGUGACUCUCAGUGUUUCAUAUGCUCCCAAAGACACCUCAGCGAGGAUCAGUCCACCAGGUUCAGUGUCACCAGGUAGCUGGGUGAACCUGACCUGCUCCAGCAGAGCCAAACCUGCUGCCAACUUCACCUGGUUCAACAUCAGCAAAGAUGGACCCAUGAAAGUAUCUGAAGGAGACUUUUACAGCUUCAAUGUGACAGAUGGAGGAGUUUAUCACUGUGUGGCCACAAAUGAUCUUGGUAAUCAGACGUCAGAGAUCCAUCUGACUAUUAAAGGACCAGAUUCUCAUGGAUCUUUUCAGCGGUGGGCGGUUCUUGGAGGAAUCAUAGGGAUCAUCGUACUCAUCUGCCUGGUUGUCUGUGUGUGCAUUCUUGUGUAUUUGAAGUGGUUCCGGUCGCCAAAUCCAACUCCACAACAAACUCAGAGUCAAACAGGUGAAGAGCCAGCCAGUAAAAUAGAAAAAGAAAAAGAAAAGGAAGGAAGAGAAGACAUCCAUUAUCGAGAGAUUGACUUCUUCAGACUGGAACCUGAACCGUCCUGUGACUCAGUGCAGGACAUCAGACAGCAGCAGGAUACGAUGUAUGCACAGGUCAAAGCGUCCGAGCCAUCAAACAGAUUAACACAGACUGCUGAUGGCCCAAAGGUCCUGUAUGCUCAAAUGAAGAAAAACUGAGAGUUGUUUUAUUGUUAAAAGAAAGACAUUUGAGAAGAAUUUAUAUCAAAUGUUUCUUUAUGUUUAUCUAUACACAAUGUUCUUUUUAGUCAGUUAAUAUAGAAAAAGACACUGGAGCCUGGACAGAAAAACAUUAUUGUCACUGUUUACUGAUCAAAGACAGCAAGCUCAAAACUUCCACUCCCAAAGCUCUAAAUGGAGAACGAGACUAAAAGACACCAGAAGCAGGUCUGCACACACAUUAACACUGUAGUACAAGAUUAUGUUUAAUUUGAAAUGUUUGUGUCUAAGUUUGCAAAAGUGAAGAUUAAAAUAUUUUUAUGCAUUCAACAAUUGUCCUGAAUUGCACUGAAAUGAAAACCCAUACAUAUGAAACUAGACCAGUGCAGUGAAGAAAUGAUAUCAACUACUUCCUUGUGUUUUACGGAACUGAAUUUAUAGUGAAAAGGUCUGAAUCACCAGUAACA